GCAAAGCUUGGGAAGAAAUGGAUGGAGUACCAAGGUGUUAGAAACUGGGACGGCUUGCUCGACCCUCUGGACGACAAUUUGCGCCGAGAGAUUCUCCGGUACGGCCAGUUUGUGGAAGCUACGUAUAAAUCCUUCGACUUCGACCCUUCCUCGCCUUCAUACGGCACCUGCAUGUUCCCCAGAAGAUCACUGUUAGAACGAGCGGGCUUACCCGAGACCGGUUAUCGUUUGACCAGGAAUCUACGUGUGACCUCCGGUAUUCAACUGCCACGUUGGAUGGAAAGGGCACCCAACUGGGUUGCCACCCAGUCCAGUUGGAUUGGCUACGUGGCAGUCUGUCAAGACAAAGGUGAAAUCUCCAGGCUAGGACGUCGAGACGUGGUGAUUGCUUACAGAGGCACCACUACGUGCUUGGAGUGGCUGGAGAAUCUGCGCGCCACCCUAACCCACCUUCCCGGUGCUGGUUCAGACGACCUCGGGUCAUCAUGCGGACCAAUGGUGGAGAGCGGUUUCCUAAGCCUCUACACCUCCGGAACCGCAGGCUCACCCAGCCUCCAACACAUGGUGCGACAAGAAAUCUCCCGGCUCAUCCAAUCGUACGGCCACGAGCCCCUGAGCUUGACCAUCACCGGGCACAGCCUUGGCGCUGCCCUAGCGACUCUCACCGCGUACGACAUCAAGACCACCUUGGAACGGGCACCGGAGCUAGUCACGGUCAUCUCCUUCGGCGGUCCACGCGUCGGGAACUUGAAAUUCAGGCAACUCCUAGAAAAACAAGGCACCAAAGUUCUACGUAUUGUGAACUCGGAAGACCUAAUAACCAAACUACCAGGCUUCGUUAUAAAUGAUAGCAAUGACGACGUGCCGUACAAUCAUAGCAUCCACGUGGCAGCUGGCCUUCCUAGCUGGAUCCAAAAGCGUGUGGAGGAGACGCAGUUGAUGUACGCGGAGGUUGGGCGGGAGCUACGGCUGAGCAGUAGAGACUCCCCUUACCUCAGCGGCUUCAACGUCGCCACCUGUCACGAGCUCAAGACAUACCUCCACCUGGUCGACAGCUUCGUGAGCUCCGCUUGUCCUUUCAGAGCAAAACUUCAGUAA